AUGUGGUCUUCUCAUGAGAAAUUCAGGGAAAUAGUUUUAGAAAGCUGGUCUAAACCUCUCUGUUUUGAGGGCAGUGGCUUGGAAAAGUUAGUUUGGAAACUUAUUCGGCUCAAACAUGUUCUAAAGAAGUUUAACUGGAGGGUUAUGGGUGAUGUUGUUUGUAACUAUGAGAGAAGUAAGUCCUUAUUUCAGCAGGCUCAAUCUAAUCUGUAUGAUGAUCCUUGUAAUCUCAGUUUACUUUCAGCGAAAAUAGAAGCUCACUUGGAGUUUAGAAGACAAGAGAAAAUCUUUGACAGUUUUCUUCGCCAAAAGAGUAAAAUCACUUGGCUUCGUUUUGGGGAUGAAAAUUAUUCUUAUUUUCAUGCUAGUCUGAAGAAAAGGAAAGUUGCCAAUCGGAUUGUUUCUUACAUUGCUGCUGAUGGUACGCUUGUGGAAGACUAUGAGAUGGUUACUUCUCAUUUUCUUCAGCAUUUUCAUAAUUUCUUAGGUUGUGCUAGCAGGGUAAAUGGUCAUAUUGACUCUAAAAGUAUUGCAAAUGGUCUGGUUUUAGAUCUUGAUACUCAGUUGGAGUUAAUUAAGCCUUUUUCCCAUCAUGAUGUUAAAGUUGCCUUAUUUAGUAAUAUUCCUCACAUUUUGAAUGAUACUGUCCUUGCGCUUAUUCCUAAGGUGGUCCAGCCAACUAAUGCUGCUGAUUUCAAACCUAUAGCUUGCUAUACUACUAUAUAUAAAUGCAUUUCUAAAAUGCUUUGUGGUAGGCUUGCUGCAGUUCUUCCUUCAUUGAUUAAUCAAAAUCAAGGUGCAUUUAUUAAACAUAGAUCACUUGCCUACAAUGUCCUUAUCUUUCAAGAUUUGAUUAAGGGGUACAAUAGGAAAAAUAGUUCUCCUCUGUGUGCUAUGAAGAUUGAUCUUAGUAAAGCAUAUGAUUCUAUUGAUUGGGAUUUCUUGGAGAAUUUAUUAAAUGCUCUUUGUUUUCCUAGUAGAUUUAUUAGAUAG